CAGAGGGCCCCACAUCCCCGCACAAAAGUCACUUGACACCAUUGCAGAGACUUUACCUUCCUCAGAUAUUAACACUGCUCCCCAGGCUUUCAGCAUGAACCGGAUGAGUGCAAUGUGUCUCCCUCUGCUGUCUGAAAGUAACAAGAUUAUAUGGGUGAAGUCGGAGGAGGUCGACCUACAGAUGAAAGGUGCAGCAGAGCUGCACAAGGCCUUCAACAGGUUCCCAUACCUGACACGCAGACAGAUGACUGCACUGGCACAGCGCUGCUCCCUGCACCCAGACCAGGUGAAAGUGUGGUUCAUGACACGAAGGCUUCAGUAUGGCAUCAGCUGGGAAUAUAGAGAUGUCCUUGAUGUCUGGAGGAAUUUCAAGUCACCCCAGACAAAUGCUCAGAAGGAGAAAGAACUACUAAACAUAGUGAAGGAAAAUGUAAAGGAGGGCAGAGGAAAGAGGAAGAGAAAGACCCGGUCCAAAGCAAACACUCCACCUCAGCUGGCCAUGAUGAAGACAGCUUUCUCCCACUGCCAGUAUCCAGACCCGGAGCAGUACGACAGACUGGCAGAGCUGAUCGGCGUCCGCCGCUGCACGUUGGUGCAGUGGUUCGCUGACAUGCGCUAUUAUCUGAAGAAAGGAAGGCCUCGCUGGAUGAAUCAGGAGAAGUACAAUCAAGCACUGGCCAACAUCAAGUAUCGGCAAUACAUCAACGCAAUGGCAAAGGUAGAGCCGAGUGAGGGCGCUAUGAUGGUUGAGUGAAGGCUCUGAUACAGAAAAUGAGGCUGCAGAAUAGAAAUAACACACGAGGCUAAAUCAUUCCUCCACACUAAGAAUUUUCUUUUUUGUUGCUGUUUGAUGAAAAGUUGACAAGUUAGACAGAGUACUUGCAUGUUUUUCAAAUGGGGUUUUCUGUUCUACCGUUACUCCCAUUAGUUUGUUGCCACUUAUGUUCAAAAUUUUCAAAAGGUACUCAUUCGUUUCCACAUCAGUGAGUCUGCUCGUGUUGUCCAGAUGUUUUUAUUGUCAUUUAAAUAAAACACUUUUAUUGCUGUUCAAAAUUGACUUGUCUAAUGAUUUGUUGCGUCAUAAAUUGCAUAAUUCAUUACAGCUUUACCUCAGUAUCAAAUAGUUACAUUUUCGAAAGGAGACAGUGAUGUUUAAGUUCAAAAUACCAAUACAGUUUGGUUUGUUAUCCCCAGUCAUCUCUGAGCAGAUAGAAACAAAGUUCAUCUGUCAAAUUAACAAAAAACACAGGACAGUCCUCAGGUAUUAUGUAGAAUAUAUUGCACAAAAAAUAGAAAACUAUACUAAUUUAUGACACUCAUUCUCUUGUCUUCUAGUUGCAUUACUCAGCUUAUUCUGUUACUAC